AUGGCGACGGCUUCGGGACAAUCUGUCCCACAAACGUGGACUUUCCUCUGCCGUGAGUGCAACCAGCACGGCGAGCGCGGCGUGAGUUAUCCUCAUUCCCCAACAACAGACAAGUGUGCUGACAGCCCGUAGUGCGACGGCCACGAGAAGGCUAGCCAGGCAGCUCGCUGGGGCCAUGGCAUGGUGGCCGUGAGAUGCACUCCGUGCAUCCAGCAAGGCCGUGCUUGCGUGCUGGACGCUGGCGCCAAGCGCAUUGGGCCCGUCUUCUCCACCGCCAACCCUGUCGCCGGCGAGUGGUUGGUCGCAGCGACCAAGCAGCUCUACGAGGCCUACAUGCCGGCCAACGGCAUCCAGGACGUCAACGACGCGAGAUCGAUCUACCUGGACGCCGCCAUCGAGGAUGCCACCCACGCCACUGCCGCCUGGUCCUUGCCGCAGGGCGCCACUCUAACUGAUUUCUUCGACCAGGUUGAGGUAGUCGACGCUCUCCGUGGCGGUCCAACGGCGUACCCUCUUCCGAACCGCAUGCUUCCCACGUACGCUUCAGGCAGCGAUCCAGCCUCCAUACCAGCAGGCCUCACGCCAGCUCCGUCUUCAAGCGCAGCAGGCGGAAUGCAACCACCCUUCACUUUCGGCCUCCUCAUGCCCAGCAAUAUGCAGACCACCGCUUACACCAUGCCAUCGAAUGUAUCGACUGCACCAACUUUACGUCGCGUCGUGCCGAGCAAUACCCAAUCCAACACCUCCGCCAUACCGCAGACCGCAUCGACGGCACCAACUUCUGUAUCCGGCAGACAGAACAUCACCAAUAACCUUCCACCGACGGCGUCGACUGCACCAACUUCUGGAUCCAGCGGGCAGGGCAACACAUACGCUAUGCCACCCACAGCAUCGACUGCACCGGCUUCUGGAUCUAACGGACAGGGUACAUAG